UCUCUCUCUCUUUUAUGAUCUUAUCUCCAAUAAUUCUUCCAAAUUUUCAUAUUGUACCCUCUCAUCAUCCUCACCAAAUUUGGCAAAACCUAAAAAGCCAACAAUCUUUUUCCAAAAUCUAACAAUAUCUAACCUAACUACUUCACUCUAGUUCAGUUCAGCUGCAGGUAUUCAAGCAAAAAAGAUAUACUGGGCGGUUAGAUUAUCUUUGAUCAAACAUGGAACCGCCAAAUAACAGCUUCAAAUCAGAAGAGGAAUAUUCUGAAAUUAAGAGUCAAGGCAAUUCUCAACAUACCCCAUUGGUCACUUUAGACCUAACACUUGCCUUCAACUCCAUGACACCUGAAGACGCUGCCACAGAAAUUGGACCCACAAACCCCGUUUCAGGUUCAGCGACACCUCGUAUUUUUUCUUGCAACUACUGUAGGCGCAAGUUUUACAGCUCACAAGCCUUGGGAGGCCAUCAAAAUGCACACAAACGAGAAAGAACAAUGGCAAAGAGAGCAAUGAGAAUGGGAAUGCUAUCCGAAAGAUAUGCAAGCUUAGCAUCUUUACCUCUCUAUGGGUCAACAUUUCAGGCUCUGGGUAUUGAAACACACGGGUCACUCCAUCAAGGAGUCGUGCCAGAAGACGCCCGUUUCCAUGCCAUGAGAGCGGGUGUCAGUUUUGAUCAAACCUAUGUACGAUUACCCAAGUUCAUGGAAGACGACGAAGCAGACAGUUUUUGGCCCGGUAGCUUCAGGCAGAUUGAUGGAGUUAGUAGGGAUUUAUCGGCAACGCCAACCCCGGAUCUCACUUUGAAACUUUAACAUCUUGGUCAGCUGAUAUAUUGUUCAAAUACCAAAUGUUGGUUUCAAGCGAAAUAUCUGGGAUCUGCAUUGUACAGUGAGAUAUGAAGAAGAAUUUUGCUUAAUUGUUUUGGUUAUCUUUUCAUUUUUCAAUUUCUAGCUACAAGAUGCAUUAUUUUGUUGAUUUAGGUCGACUGAUGGAUAAGGGACGUGGUUUGUGGUGAAACAGGUUGAAAGCUUGUUUGAUUAAAACCGGGAAAUUAAGCUCGUAGUAGAAAUGAAUAAAAUGUUGUUGCCAAGUGUAAUGAGAUAUUCUACAGAUUUUAAGUUUGAAUAUGAUAGUUAAUCAAAUACUGUAUUACUUGA